AUGCACGGACAGAUUGAGAAUCUUGCACGCCAAGUCACAGCUACCUCCACACCACAGAGCCUCCACGCCCAAGAUGAUGUUCUCAACCCGCCGAAGAACAGCCAUCUGGACCCGUCAUCUCCCAAUUUUGACUCAGCGGCCUGGACAAGAGCCUUCAUGAGUCUGUACGAGUCAGAUCCUGCGUCAACACCAAGCAGAUUGACGGGUGUUGCCUUACAGAACCUUAACGUCUUCGGAUACAGCACCGGUACCCAAUACCAAAAGAGCACAGGCAACAUCGCGCUGAGUAUAGCAACGAAUCUCAUUGGGCUUGCGACUGGGAGAACGAAGGGGAGGAUCGACAUUUUGCAAGAGUUCGAGGGCCUUGUCGAGCCUGGCGAGAUGCUUCUUGCCCUUGGCCCACCUGGAUCGGGCUGCUCGACAUUGCUCAAGACACUUGCUGGUCAGACUGAAGGACUCAAUGUUUCAACAGACUCAUACAUGAACUUCCGCGGCAUCAAUCCCAGGUACAUGCACGACUGGUUCCGCGGCGACGUACUUUACAAUGCCGAAGUCGACGUGCACCUGGCCCCCCUCACAGUUGGCGACACUCUGGAAUUUGCCUCAAGAGCCCGAGUUCCAACGAAUGUUCCAGCCGGCCUUACAAGCAAGCAGUAUGCUCGCAUCAUGCGGGAUGUACUUAUGGCUGCUUUUGGUAUUUCGCACACGAUCAACACGAAGGUCGGCGAUGAUUUCGUGCGCGGGGUUUCGGGAGGCGAGCGGAAGCGAGUCAGCAUCGUCGAGGCUGCUCUGACGGGUGCUAAGUUUCAGUGCUGGGAUAACAGCACUCGCGGCCUGGAUAGCGGCAAUGCUAUUGCCUUUUGUCAGAAUCUCCGGACGCAAGCAGAUUUGUUGAAUGUGGCAGCCGUGGUGGCCAUUUAUCAGGCGCCGCAGUCUGCUUAUGAUUUGUUCGACAAAGUGACAGUUCUGUACGAAGGUCGCCAGAUUUACUUUGGCAGAAUCGAGCAAGCGAAAUUGUAUUUCGAAGACAUGGGAUUUCUGUGUCCCGAAAGGCAAACGACUCCCGACUUCCUCACCUCCAUGACGUCUCCAAGUGAACGACGUAUCAGACCCGGAUACGAGAACAUGACGCCUCGAACUCCGAACGAAUUCGCAGCCAGGUGGAAAGCAUCGCCGGACCGAGCAGCUCUUAUGGCCGCCAUUGAAGCCUACGAGAAGACCCACCCGGCCAAGGACCGACUUGAAGAGUUUCAGCAAAGCAUCAAAGCCGAAAGAAGUCCCAUGCAACGAAUGAAGUCUCCGUAUAUGAUCACAUACCCUCGCCAAGUGAGGCUCUGUCUUUGGCGGGGAUGGAAGCGUUUGGUUGCCGAUCCCGGGUUUACGAUUUCGUCGCUUGUGUACAACAUUAUCGUGGGAUUCGUGCUGGGAAGCAUGUUCUUCAACCUCAAGACUGACUCGAGCACGUUCUACUAUCGAGGAGGCAUCAUUUUCUUCGCGCUACUAUUCAACGCUUUCGCAAGUGAGAUGGAAGUCCUCACUCUUUAUGCGCAAAGGCCUGUCGUUGAGAAGCAUGAUCGCUACGCCCUUUAUCACCAAUCUGCUGAGGCCAUCUCCAGCUACAUUAUUGAGCUUCCCUACAAAAUCACCAACGUCUUCACCUUUAACUCCAUUCUUUACUUCAUGGCUAACUUGAAUCGCGAGCCUGGGCCCUUCUUCUUCUUCUGUUUGGUCUCUUUUGCGGUCUUAUUGGCCAUGUCUGGUAUCUACAGAACAAUGGCCUCACUCGCGAGAACGUCACACCAGGCCAUGGUGCCUGUCACACUUGUUACCCUUGGAGUCAUGAUGUACGCUGGGUUCACCGUGCCAACAUCCUAUAUGCAAGGUUGGAGUCGAUGGAUGGGAUACAUCAACCCCCUCUCAUAUGCCUUCGAGGCCUUGAUGGCGAAUGAGUUUCACGGGCGCACCUUCAAGUGCGAUAACCUCGUGCCAUCUGGGCCUGACUACGAUGCGUUGCCCCUCAGCGGACGAACCUGCUCUGUAGUCGGAGCUGUUCCUGGCUCAGAUGCGAUCGAUGGUGACCGAUACAUUGAAGAGUCUUUCGGCUACUUCAACAGUCACAAGUGGAGGAACGUCGGUAUUUUGUGCGGCUAUAUCGUGUUCUUCUUUAUCACCUACAUCAUCACUGCCGAGUACGCCAAGCCACCCAAGAGCGAAGGAGAGGUUCUCGUCUUUCGACGCGGCAAGGCCCCUGCUGGCGUUGACGACAAGGCCCACAUGGACGAGGAGAGCCAACGCAACGAGACCACAGUCAUCGAGAUGGAGCAUCUUUCUCGUCCAGAGAAGCAAGGAACCGAGCACCGACCACGACCAAGUGCUUGCGGAAAGCCCAUUUUCCACUGGGAGGAUAUCUGCUAUGAUGUCAAGAUCAAGGGCCAGGACCGCCGCAUCCUAGACCACGUUGACGGUUUUGGGGCAUCCGGUGCAGGGAAGACGACCUUGCUAGAUGCCUUGGCAACCCGUGUGACGAUGGGCGUUCUGUCCGGCGAUACCAUGGUCAACGGUCAGCCUACCGACAAAUCUUUCCCCCAUCGUGUCGGCUACGUGCAGCAACAGGAUGUGCAUAUGGACACCAUGACGGUUCGCGAGGCGCUGGAGUUCAGUGCGUUACUCAGGCAGAGCGCGGAGAUCCCGAGGUCUGAAAAGCUGGCCUAUAUCGACGAAGUGAUUGACCUGCUUGACAUGGGCGACUUCGUCGACGCAGUGAUCGGCGUCCCUGGACAAGGCCUCAACGUUGAGCAACGUAAACGUUUGACUAUCGGGGUUGAGCUUGCUGCACGCCCACAGCUACUCGUAUUUCUGGACGAGCCCACAUCGGGCCUUGAUUCGCAAACAUCUUGGGCCAUCUGCGAUUUGAUUGAGAAGCUUGCCAAGAGCGGACAAGCGGUCCUCUGCACGAUACACCAACCGUCGGCGAUGCUGUUCUCCCGCUUCGACAGGUUACUGUUGCUUCAGCGUGGCGGCAAAACGGUUUACUUUGGAGAAAUUGGCAUCAAUGCCAGGACUAUGAUUGAAUACCUCGAACGCAACGGCGCGCCGCCGUGUCCUCCUGAUGCCAACCCCGCGGAAUGGAUGCUCAAGGUUACGACUCUUUCCGAGGACGGACCAAACUGGUUUGAAGUCUGGCAUUCUUCUGCCGAAUACCAGGAAGUCAAGGAUGAACUUCGUCUUCUACGCCAAUUGGCAGAAGGUCAGACCAGCCAGGGUGACCCGUCCUCAGAGCACGAGUUUGUCACCUCAUUCUGGACGCAGUUCGUCCAAGUCUUCUCCCGUACAGCCAAGCACUUCUGGCGGUCGCCUGUGUACAUCUGGUCAAAGCUCACUCUCACCAUUCUCCUGGCUCUGUACAUCGGCUUCACCUUCAAGUCAGACAACAGUCUCCAAGGCUUGCAGAACCAGCUUUACGCCUUCUUCAUGUGCUUGACAACCGUCAACGAGUUCAGCAAGCAGGUUAUGCCCAUGUUCAUCCCUCAACGAGCACUGUACGAAGUCCGUGAGAGACCGUCUCGAGUCUAUCGAUGGAACACAUACCUUCUCUCCAACGUCGUCAUCGAGAUGGUCUGGAACACCAUAGCAGCCGUCGUAUUCUUCUUCUGCUGGUACUACCCGGCACGGUUCUUCCGGAACACCACCCCUGACGAUGUGAGUAUUCGCGGUUUCACGGUCUUCCUCUUCAUCUGGAUGUUCUUCCUCUGGACGAGCACCUUCUCGCAGCUCGCCAUCGUAGCCAUCGAGACCGCCGACCUCGCUAGCAUACCCGCAAGUUUCUUCGCCAUUCUAUGCAUGUCCUUCUGCGGCAUCAGCGUCAUCCGCGCAGACCUACCAGCCAUCUGGAGCGAUUUUAUGUACUACGUCAGUCCCAUGACCUACCUUGCGUCCGGAGCCUUGUCAACCUGUCUGCACGGGUCAAAGGUUGUGUGCACGACGAAGGAGAUUGUGCAGGUGCCUGUUCCCUCGAAUAUGACUUGUGGUGAUUUCCUUGGGCUGUACGUGCAGAGUGCUGGAGGAUACCUUGUCGAUGCAGCGGCGACGGACGCUUGCGGGUAUUGUCGCAUGGCGACCACAGAUGAUUACCUUGCGCAUUUCAACAUCAAGUAUGACGACCGGUGGAGGAACUUUGGGCUGCUUUGGGUCUAUAUUGGUUUCAACAUUGUGGUGGCCUGCGGUCUUUACUGGCUUGUGCGGGUGCCGAAGGGACAGGGCGUUAAGCGGAAGUAG